AUGCAGCCUCCAGGCAGAGCUGCAGCAUGUGUGAUUGGGGCUGAGCUCGGCUAUUACUUCCGGGGGAGUUGCACAGUUCAUCAGGCAGCAGAUUGCAAGCAGUGACUGCAAACUGGAGCUCAGAUCGGGCAAUCGGACUAGGACUACUUACCUCCCAUCCUGGAAUAAAGGGAUAUCUGCUCGCACUGCCCCCCCAUACCCUGACAGGAGCUUUAUAAAUACCACCCCGCCUCCUGAAGCUGCCAUCUGAAAACAAACCCCAAAAGAUAUUUAUAGCGUGUUUGUUUCAACCUUGACCUUCAAGAGCAAGUAAUGAUAUGAAACUGAAUAUUUGGAUGAAAGAAAUAUACAUUGUGGAAUCUAUCCUAGACCACAGGGGAACUUGCAAAUACGCAUCAUUUUUGACGGUAUAGGUUGUACCAUAAAGAAUGGCAAAAUCAAGAUCCAGAUCACCCAGGUGGAAGAACAGGCCACCAUUGCACAGAAGCCCAGAGCAACAAAGGCAAAGACACUACAGUGAUGAAGUAUUCCGCAGAGAUACAAGAAGGCCCAUACACUGGGAAGAAGAUCGUCAUGGGCAAAAUAAUCCAAGAAUAGUUCCACAUAACCGAUUCAAUGAUAAAUUGUAUGAACAGAAUUUGUUUCCCCCGAAGAUAAGAAAAUCUCCUUUAGAACCUGCUGAUAGACUGAGGAGAAUUUAUUCCCCAGAAAGGAAUGGGGAAAGCAGUAGAAGAUUCCCCACAAAGUACCCAGAGGACGCCCCUCAUAGAGAUAAUGAUCGUAAUUUUAACCAUCACAGAAACCAAGGACGGAACUUACAUGAUGAUGCAAAUGGUUUUAGGAUAGGAAGGAGAGAAGACAGUUUUCAUGGACCUCAUCGCAGAGAACCUGAUUGGGAAAGGGGUGAAAAUGGAGAUCACUGGAAACAAGAAGGGCACAGAGAUCAGCAUGCUUUGCCAUACAGAAGAAAUUCUCAAGAACGAGGCAUUUUUCCGAAGAGGUAUCCAGAAGAUCGUAAUUUUAAAGAACCUGGUCAAGGUCCAAAAAGGCUUAGAGAAACAGAGAGACUUGAACAUAGACCACUGCCAAGAAAUCCCCACUGGAAGACAGAUCAUGUGUUCCGGCCAUCUGAAGGAAAGGAUUGGUCAAAAACCUCAGACUUCAGAAAUCCAAGUCCUCUUGUUCACCGUGCAAACUCUGGAGAGUUCACCAAAAUAGAAUAUGACUAUAGUCAUAAAUCUCCUUCUUAUGUUGGUAUGGAUCUACCAUUUCCUGAUGAUUUUGUUGACAAACACAACAGACAUGAAGAAAGAAAACCUGUUCACACCAAAAAUUCCCACGAUAUAUUGGACAGUCAUACUAGAGAAAGGGGAAAAUAUUCUUCGGAACGACUACUAGACUCCUCUACUAAAUACAGUAUUAAGAAGUAUCAUAAUUCAGAUCGGGAUAAUUUAAAAAAUGAAAUGGAGAGUAAGCACCAAAAUCAUAAAUACAAGGAACGGGGAAGAAACAAUAGUGUCCCACAUAAGGAGUCCAUUCCUCCCACAGACCAACUUGACCAAAGUUCCAAUUCUUCUGUAUCUAAACCAGCUUUGAAUAACACCUCUUCCAUGGAAACUAUCACGGUUAAUUUGAAUUUGAAGAAACAAGCGGAUAAGUAUAGGAGUGAUAUCAAUUCUACCGAUAGACAGCUGUCUCACGAUUUGGUGGUCUCUGGUAGAAAGGAGACCUUUCGACCUGUGUUUGAACACUUAGACUCUACCACUGUGGGUGCUCCUGAGAUACCGAAGACUGAAUUUACUCAGGAAAUUAUCACCAUUAUCCAUGAAGUGAAAGCAAACCAUUUCAAAUCCGCUGACCUUACUCUUCAUGAACGUUUUUCCAAAUUGCAAGCAGAGAGCAAUAAACAAGAUUUGAACCUAAACAAAGUCCCACCACAGACAAAUCCAGAGAUUCAUAGGAGGAUUGAUAUCUCGCUUGAAGAUCUCCAGAACAAAUCCAUUAACAGGAUUGAUGUGCCACUGCCCAACAAGAGAGUGAUUGAGGAUCCAAAUGACUUGCGUCACGAUAUAGAGAGGCGGAGAAAAGAGAGACUGCAGGGUGAUGAGAACGGGGGUAAUGACGUUGGUUUCCAGGAAAGGGAGGCAUCCAACAGCUAUUACCGGCCACAAAACCACGAAACAGGAGAAUACCACAGAUCAAGACAACCCAGACCUCCUUUCCGAAAGUCAACAGGGCAACCUUCAGGUUCAUACUACAGAGGAAAAACAAACCAGUCGUAUCCUCCACAAACUAGUUUUGACAAAACAGAUGAAAUCCGCAGACCAUAUAAGGGACGGGGAGAUGCUGCCAUGGGAUUGUAACCUCCUAACUUUGACAAAAUGAAGAUAAUGUACAAAAGAGCUUAUUUUCUUGGGUACACAUCACUGGCAGGACACCUUCUAGAGCGACGGUGGCCAAUGUUUGGCUCUCAGACUGUUCUAGGACUUAUCAAGAGUGACUAACUGGAUGAUGGGAGUUGUAAUCCAGCCACUCGAAAGCCUGUGGUCAAUGUCUUACAGAACUGGCACUAAAGAUAAACUGUUUCUGAUGAAAAUACCUUUAUUUUUGGGUAGAGGAAUGCUGCACAACCUUUUAUACUCUUUUCAACUGUUUUUUUUUUUUUUUUCUAUGACAGUAUUAAGCUGGACAAUUGCUUGUGUAAAGUGUCACUUUUCUUGCGAGGAUUAUUAUAAGUUGGUUUAUAUGUUAAUUUUUUGUUUCUAGAGUAAAGACUUCCAUUGGGUUUAACAGUUUGUCUUAUUUAUUAUUCUUUAUUUCUGUCCUUUUUUGUUUCACAAUUAAUGCAUGGACUUUUUUUCUUCUUUUUUUCCUCAGUUAUUGUUUCUUGUGUUAGUUCAGGACAUUUAUUUGUUGGAAAGUUUGUGUAUUGAUACAAUAAAGUGCCUGAAUAGUUUAA